UGAAAAUUCUGUCAACGCACUUCGAAUUGUUCCAAACGUGUAUAAGUGUCCCUUUUAAGGUUCAUGGAUGUGUUGAGAUUUAAGGAGUAAAAUGGGGUGAAGAGGAGACGACGCUGUAAAGAUCACGAGACACAGACCAGAACAUCAUAAGCUGCGAAAUUCAUUCAUCGUGUCUUCAUCUCUUUGUUCUUUAAAGGUUAAACCGUUUGGUUGUUUGAGGAGUCGAGCUAUGUGGUUGCUAAGGAGUUGUGAUGCUGGCUGGUUACUAGGGUGUUGCUGGGUGCUUAUUGAUGUGCUGAUCUUGUUUCUCGUGUUCUCAUUCACCGCUCUGAAGUGUUUACAUUAACGUUGAUCCUUUGGAUUUCGCUCUCGCGGUGUUUUUCUGCAGUUAUGGAGAAGGGGUUGAAAGCGUCUGUGAAGUUCCACGGCCUCAUUGACGUUCUCUGAAGGGGGUCUGUCUGACUCACAGCUUUCAAAGCACCAUCCGUCCAUCCAUCCAUCCAUCCAUCUGUCUGUCAUUCACACACUGUCACAUUUCCACCGACAGACUGUCACCACGGUUGAGCUGAGGAUAUUUCAUCACAUGAAUUAUUCAUGAAAACAUCAGCGUGUGUGAUGGGUCCAUCUGAUGGGUUCUAGAUGCACUGGAAGAGAUGAAUGAUGGAGAAAUCACAUCUGCCUGUGUUAUCCAUUAUCUGCUUCAACUCCAGAAUGAGAUUUGUGCACAUGAAAAAAGACAAUUGACAGGACUCUCUCCGCACCAAGAACCGAGCGGAAAACAGAAAGAAAAGGAAAGCGCAGAAGAAGCGUAAAACGGACAUGGUUGUUGUGAAGGGAAAAGUCAAACUGUGCUCUCUCUCCGGCCUGGUGGCUGCACUGGGAAUUCUCAUCUUACUGGUGGGCGUCGCCAUGGCUGUACUGGGAUACUGGCCCAAAGAAAACCCCAAACACCCGGAGAGGUUCUUCAGGAAGAUAGAGGCCACGCGAGUCACCUGGGACGCAUCAAACGUCACGAGCAACAGAAAGUUCUUUGCGUUGAGCCAAGUCAACGGCACGGACAGCAGAAACUCUUCAUCCCCAAGCGCGCGGCCCCUGGGAUUCCUUGCGAGUCUCUUUGCCAGUUAUUUGUACUCGGAUAACCUGAAAGUGUUCGGACCUCUGGUGAUGGGCGUCGGAAUCUUCCUCUUCAUCUGCGCCAACGCCGUUCUGCACGAGGAUCGAGACAAGAAGACCAAAAUCAUCAAUCUGAGAGACAUUUACUCCACCGUCAUAGACAUCCACAGCCUGCGUGCCAAAGACCUGGCGCCCUUCAACGGUCUCAUCAGUUAUGUGCAGUCCAGGAGCGCCGAGGUCAAAUCAUCCAGCACUGGACAUUCCAGACGCCUGUCGCACGCCAGAGAGUACUGCUCGAGCGCAAAGAGGCCGUCGUUUACAGAUGCGAUAUACAGCAUCUACAGAGAGCAGAGUGGCGGCCGUGAGCCAUGCGGUACUCCGAGACGCUGGGAGACGCGUUCCAUAGUCACAUCCUCCGUCAACGCGUUCACUUUACCCGUCAUUAAACUCAACAACUGCGACAUGCAGGAGAGAGAUGAGAAGGAAGCCCAUGCGGCGCGUCGCAAGAGCUGCGGCUCGUUUAUCGGCGCUGCCGUGGAAACCGCAGUGGAAGUGUCAAGGACAGGACUCUCCACAUCCCAGGAAUCUCAGCUGGAUGACAGACCGAUCGGGAACUCCCAGCUGCUGCCUCCCACCCCCGUGAUGCGGGUGAGCAGGUCACAUCUGUCCCUCAAUGCUCUGUCGGAUGCGGGCACCAGCUGGUGUCAGGACGAGAGAUCACGGAGGUUCAGCUGUCCGAGGCUGGAUCGCUCGGGCAGUAAAGGCUACAUUAAACUGGCCGAUCUGGCCGGUGAUUCGUUUGACGGAACGUCCGGCGCGGGUGUAGGAGGAUGCGAGGAUGAAUUGACGCGUGCAUGCACUGACACACAGACUCAUGAAUAACCACAGAUCUGUAAACAAACUGCUGUUCAGAUGCAAGAACCUGUCAUUGUUUGGAUCAACGUGUAGCUGAAAUGCGUUUCAAGACAUUAUUCUGCUGCCAACACAGCACUCGUGUAGAGAAAUCUUUCACACAAAAAACUGUAAACGAUGUCAUGAUUUAUUCACCCUUACGUCACUCAAAACAUGUUUAACCAUCUUUCUACACUCUUAAAAAAAGUUGCUUCAAAAGGUUCUUCCUGACUCCGAAAAGGUUCUUCAGAUUGGAAAAAAGUUAGAAAAAUAGGGUUCUUUGAAGAACCUUUGGCUGAACUGAUCUCUGUGGAACCAAAAAUGGUUCUUCUAUGGCAUCGAUGUGAAGAACCUGUUAAACCUGUUAACUGUCACUGCCCUUUUUGAUGCACUAUCCAAAAUAAAAUGGUUAUACAGAUCUAAGGUUGGUUGAAAGAAAACAUUUAGCAGAUUAUUGCUGAAGUGGAAUCACUUUUUUUGAAAAAAGUUCAUUUGAUGCUUAUGAAAAUAUAAAAAAUAGAUAUAUAUUUAUAAAUAGAUAUUUAUGUAAAUAAAUAUUUGAUUCAGCAAAGAAAUGCUAAAAAUUCAAAGACACAAGUGUAAUGAAGUUGCGUUUUGAAUUUGUUUCAAAUUUGUUUCGUUUGUCAUUAUUAGGAUGGAAUUUUAUUGCAUAAUAUUGAAACAAACCUCAGUGUUCCACCGGUGGAACAGACAUUUGGCAGUAUAUAAUAAUUCUUAUGCGCACUCCUGUCAUAAAUGCAUCAAUUACUGCAGCUACAAACACUGGUCACAAGUGUAUUCUAGAGCCUCAGACCGUUCCAAAGAUAUAGAGUGUCAUGGUUAGGAUGGUGAAUUUCUGUAAGUCAACUUUAGCGUGCAGUUUACAGGUUUUUAAAGCACCUUUAUUUUCAAGAGUGUAAAACACAACUAAAGGACUGUUGUACUUGUUCAGGAGCACAUUGUGUUUAGUACAGCACACUGCAUACUCACACUAGUUUAUUUAGUUGGCUACACAAUCAAAAGAGUAAACACAACUACAAGUCAAGUUUGCUUGGUUAUACUUUUAGUGUCUCUUGUAGACUUGAGCACUAGUCAUGUAUACUUAAAGCUUUAGUCUAUUUCAGAGGAGUACAUACUAAUAGCACACUUGAAAAAUCAUUUUUUAAGUGUGUAAACAAAAGCAGUGGAUUUAUAAAUAAAGCACGAUACUGAUUCAGUCGCUCUUUCUGUAUUCUCACAUCUCAUGUUGUUUUCAUUGAGCGCGUUUACAUGCACAGUUUUACACCGAUUACUCUUAAUAAACUGAUAUGUAAGCUCAUGUAAACUCGUAAAACGCUUUUGUUUGAUCGGGAAAGCUCAUAAAGGACUAGAGCAAAACCCGAUCGGCAGAGGUAGUUUUUGGUGAAUGACUCAGAUUCGGCGCUGCAUGUAAACGCCAUUACCGCGUUUCUCUCAGUUUUGUUUAUGUGCACUUCUCUGACAGCGCAGUAGUAAAAGUCCCAGACGGAAGUAAUAAAAUAACGCAUAAAAGUCCGCCAUGGAAUCAUGCAGUUAAUAUAUAAACGACAAAACGAAAACUAUUGUUGCAUAUGGAUGUACUGCGUACAUGAGAAGAGACAUAGAAACACAGCUUAUGACCGUUUUCCCGCUGCAUUUUCAAUGACAUUUUCACGCGAGUAACACGGCGAGUCUCAAACUUCCAUAUAAAUGCGGUUUUCUGCGUAACUUAGCCGGUUAAUUACUCUGCAUGUAAACACGUGAAAACACGUUUAUUAUUAAUCAGAUUUUUGAUAGAUAUCCGUUUAUUUUGUGCAUUUAAACGCACUCAAUAAUCAGUAGAGAUGCAUUAACUGUUAAUCUAUUCAUGAAGAUGAAUCAGAUUCUUCUUUACAAAUGUUUUAGAAUGUAUGCAAGAACACCGUGUCAUACGUGGAUGUGACUGUUUUAAACAUUACCGGUGAAAAGCCAUACACUGCAGUGAUACAGUCAUUAAAAAAUGUUUAUUCUGUCCAUUAAUGGGUUUAUAACGUCCUUCUGUCAUAAAUGGAACGGAUAUAGUUCACUCAUAUAUUACACAUUAUGUAUUUGUGUUUGUUAGAGCACAUGAACUAAAUGAAUAUCAAUGUGAUGUUGUGUUAGACACGUCAGAGUAACAUGACGUCACGUGUACACGCUGCUGUUUAGUUCAUUAUAAAGCCAUGUUUAUGCAGGUUUGUAUGUGUUUUACAUGUUUUUGUAGCAAAUCACCUCUAUCUUUCUUUAAAGAAAAUAGAUUGCAAUGUUAACUGUAUUUAUACUGUUGUAAGUCAGAAACAUUGUGUUUAAGAUAAAUAUCACACCAGUGUUUGAGUAGAAAUCGGGUUGUUUUCUGAAUUUAGACAAUGUUAAAACAACAAUAGAAUUGCUGUUUUAUAAACUGGCUAAUCAUAAAUACUAGAUCAUGACAUUAGGAUUAAACAUCUCUUUGCACUAAAAAAAUGUUCCAAUCCAGGUAGCCUAGUUGUUUUUGUAAUGUACGAUUAUGCAAUGUUGCACAUGUAUUUGUGGUAUCUUCACUCAUUUUAGUGAGCAGGUUGUGUUAACACAAAGAGCAAUAACAGAUUUACAGUAGCGUGAGGACUCAGGUCUUGCGUUCAUUCACAUUGAUGUAUUUAGACAAGUGUUGAGAAGAUAUUGUGUGAAUUAUUGUGCAUACAUAAAGUUUAGAUAUAGUAACUCGAUG